ACUAAAAUGAUAUAGAUAAAUACUCGUACUUAUACGUAGCACGAAACAAUAGCGGUUAACUUGCGAGUCAUGUCGCGAGCAUCAUAUUGCCAACAAAACGGUAGUUUUUAAUAGGCUUCAAUUAUUAAUCUUGCUGAUACAAACAAAACUACAGAUACGUUUUUGCGUAUUUUUUUGAACGCUCCGGUAAGCAUUCCUUUCACAAGCAUUUCAUAAUAUUACCACGCGUAAAAACCUGAGUGGUUUUCAGUACGCAUUCGCAUGCUAGCACAGUCCGACCGGGUUUGAAUUGAUACAACAUUCCAACCAACAAAAUAUUACUAGCAAAAAUAAAACUCAUAAAUCGAAGCGAAAUAUUUCGCUGGUAUUCAGGCAGCACAGAACUACUGAGCGAAUAGUAGAAAGGAAAGGUAUAAAAGCUUUACCCUUUCUAAAAACACGUAAAUAGAAGAACGGAGCGUUCCGUUCGGUUCCAAUGGUGGCACACACGCGCGCGGCGCACACCGCGCCACAUACGUGGAAUAAACGACGUGAAAUGGGAAAAAAGUUAAAUAUGUAUGAGUGCGGGUAAAUAUAAAAAUCGGUAUAUAAAGCCGUUUAUAUAUAAUAUAGGUGGAAAGCGCGCUGCCGGUUGCUCGCACGGCAGUCGCUCUCGGGCCUUGCAAGCGCGCGCUCCAUAUACAGCCUCCGGCCGGAGCGUGGCCGGCCCCACCGCGUGUUUCAUAGUUCACUACUAACAAACUUUGACAUUAAUACUUUACAACGACUUUGUUAUGUGACUGUGUAAAUAUUAAAGAUAAAAACUUUCAACUGACAUUUGUGUGGAAGUUUUUAAAACUCGACAGGUCAACGAUGUCGCCGAUUAUUUUAGUAGCAGUUUUCGGCGUGCUCUCGGCGGGCCCCCAUUGUUCGAGCGCGGACCCCCACUCGCCUCCCCACGUAAAACGGUAUAGACACCUGGAGGCUGAUGAUAAGAGGAUUUAUGAGUGCCGGCCAAAAGGCAUCAGUUUGCCGAGCCGCGUACAUGUGGAAAAGUGCAGCUCUUUGCAGGCGCAGAGCUCUAAGCGCUGCGUGUAUAAAUGCGACGAACAAUCGCGGCGAAUUGAAGACAAAUAUAUGCAUGGCACGAGCGGAACGGGCUUCAGCAGAGAUGUAUCAGCGAACUCCGCCAACACAAGUCUCUCCCAGCUUACAAAGAAAGGCAGUUAUAAAAGAAGAGAGCUGCAUAAAUGCAUUAUUAUCCAACUGAAGGAAUACCAGCAACUAUUCAGAAAUAGAACGCCGAAGGCGUACAGGAUACAUUAUUCGAAAAAAUCACUUUCUGAGAAACAUAACAAUAAUGUGACAUGGUGCUCAUUAACGGAACGGGCCUGGCGUCCGUUGAAGAGGAAAAGGAUAAAACGUUCGCCGGACUUGCGACCAGAACUGGUGUACACGUUCAUCGAGCAAGCAGUGCAACCUGGAGCGCAGGUGGCUCUGAAAUGCUCGGCAGUGGGCGAGCCACCGCCUCGUUUCAAAUGGACGCUCGACUCGCAACCCAUUCCACCGCACCAUGGGGCGGUGAUAACUGAGGGAAGAGACAGCGGGCCGGCGGGGAUGGGGCCUGGUGGUAACUACGUCUUGUCGACGCUAUCGUUGAGUAGUGCGAAGGUCGAGCAUGGUGGGCGAUACGAGUGUCGCGCCAGCAACGCUCACGGCUCCGUCGCUCACGCUGCCAGGCUGAACGUUUACGGGCCUCCAUAUAUUCGAUCAAUGAGUACUGUAAAAGCAGUCGCUGGUUCCGACACAACAGUGUGGUGUCCAUACUACGGAUUCCCGAUUGAUUCAGUAAAAUGGGACGGAGGAACUGGCAACGAUCCUAGAUAUCAGCAAAUCGACGGUCAACUCACCAUAAGCAAUGUAGAUCGAAAUAGAGACCAGGGCGGGUGGGUCUGCUCGGUCCUGACACCUGGCGGGGAACUAGCUCGGCGAGAGGUGCAAAUAACGGUGGUUUCUCCGCCCGUGCUCUCGCCGAUCGUAUUUCCACCCGGCUUAAGGGCUGGCGACCGAGCGCAACUCACCUGCACUGUCACCUCUGGUGACAUGCCCGUCUAUUUCUCCUGGCUUAAAGAUCAAAUAAACAUACCUAGCGCACUACAGGUCGAUGAACGAGGUGCUGAAUUCUACAGCAUGUUACUAUUCAAAAGUCUCACAGCAGCCCAUAGUGGAAUUUACACAUGUGUCGUCACCAACACCGCCGGCAAAGCUAAUACGUCUGCGGAAUUAGCUAUCAAGGUGCCUCCGUAUUGGCAAAUCGAGCCUUCGGACACGGCGGUGCUACUGAACGGAUCACUAACCGUGAGUUGUGAGGCCCGGGGGCAUCCUUCACCGGCUAUUUAUUGGACUAAGUUCUCUGGUAGUGCUGAAACAACGUUAGGAGCAGUCUCGGAGCCGGCGGUACUCAACAACGGGUCGCUAAGACUCGAGUCGGCGCGCGCCGAACACUCCGGCAAAUAUCGGUGUCGUGCCGACAAUGGGGUCGCACCCGCGCUGUCUAAAACACUCACCAUACACGUUAACGAACCGGCCAGAUUCGAGACGCCAUCGGUGAAUGUGACUGCAAAGCUUGGCGACACUGUGAGGCUGGCAUGUGUAGCUCGUGGAGACAGUCCGCUUUCUACGUCAUGGAGUCACUCUGGACGCGCUCUGCCUAAUUCUGAUUAUAGAAUGAGCAUAUCAGAAACCCGAAGCGCAGAAGGUCUGCGAAGUGAAUUGGUAGUGGAGCGGGCUGACAGAAGAGACUCCGGCGUCUAUCGGUGUCAGGCGACCAAUCCUUAUGGACGAUCCGACCACUUCGUUCAUCUUGCAGUGCAAGAACCUCCGGAGCCACCAUCGAACUUCAGAGUCUUGGAGACCACAUCGAGAUCGGUGCGCCUGCAAUGGCGGCGUCCUUACGACGGCAACUCGCCCGUCCUGGGCUACGUGGUGCAGUAUCGGAAACACGACUCAACCAGUUCGGAUUCUUGGAGAGACGCGGACACGCACAACGUGUCGGUCUCGGCGCAUAAUUUGGACAGUUAUUCUGAAACCGAAGGCGCCACAAUAUCCGGCCUCGAGCCAGCCACCGCCUACCUAGUCCGAGCUCGCACAGUGACAGCGCAAUUCGCGUCGACUCAUACGAGAGCGCUGCUCGCUCUGACGUCGCAUGAACCACCGGCACGCGCGCCGUUGAGUUUGCGGGCUUCGGCUCCGAGGGCUUCCACUAUUGAACUAGCUUGGCAGCCACCACCAUCUUCAUCGUGGAACGGCGAGCUCCUGGGCUACUCUGUCUGGUGGUGGGCCUCCGCGGACGGCACCUUGUCAGGAGGAGCAAAUGUUGGGAUGGAGUUCGCUACCGUGCGGGGGCAGAUAACUAAAUAUACUAUUGAGGGGCUGGAUCAUUAUACUCGGUAUUCCGUGAGCGUCAGAGCCUUCAACAGCGCUGGCGCGGGCCCAGCCACCGCGCCCGUCAAUACGUUGACUCAAGAAAGUGUGCCAUCAGAAGGUCCCCGCGGCGUGCGCUGCCGCGCCGUGUCCCCGCAGAGCCUGAAGGUGGAGUGGUCACCGCCGCCCGCGCACGCACACCACGGUUCGCUGCUCGGGUACAAGCUGCUUUAUCGCCCUGAGCAUACGGCAGAGUGGCUGGAGUGGGAGGUGCGCGGGAACGGCGGGGGCAAUUCAGGAGCGGGAGCGGAGGUCAAGAGGGUAGCGGGCGUGGAGACGCUACUGCUGGCGUUGAGACCGUAUACGAACUAUACGAUACAGGCGUUGGCGUAUACGGGGGCGGGGGAUGGUGUCCCGGCCCAUCCUGUGCACUGUACUACGCAACAAGAUGCUCCAGGACCUCCAGCAGCUGUGAAAGUCGUAGCAACUUCAGUGACUUCCCUAGCAAUUAGUUGGUUACCUCCAAGUCGGCCUAAUGGACCAGUGCUCUAUUAUACAGUGUUCUAUCGUGAACUUGGCAGAGACAGGCCUCCGCAAACCACAACAGUGCAGGCUGAAGACAGCGAUCCAACCGUGGGUUUGGGUGGCUCAGCCGAAUUAAGGUCCUUGUCCGAAGACGCAACGUACGAGGCGUGGGUGGCCGCACAUUCUGUCGCCGGCGAGGGCGAGCCAUCCGCUCCUCAACCUGCAACCACUAGUUCUAGAGCGGGAGUACGCUUGCUGUCCUUCGGCGUGUGGGCACGUGUACAAUGCGGCCACUCGCUGCGUUUGGCGUGCGUGUGGAGAGGAGAGCCGAUGCCACGCGCGCGUUGGCUGCGUGGCGACCGACCCGUCACGCACGACCCGAAGACGCACCUCACGCCGCAUGGACAUCUUGCGAUACAUGAAGUUGACGCAUCAACAAGCGGCAACUAUACAUGCUCAGCACGCAACGCCUUCGGUUCUGAGGAAGUGACGUAUCGGGUGGAGUGUGCUGUCCCUCCGGCUGCGCCUACGCUAUUUCUCGACCAUGCCGCGCACAGGGAAGCUAAGCUGACGUGGCGGACUACUCACCAUCCUGCUGCGCCGCCACAUGGUUUUACGAUAUGGUGGGUGCGAGUACGCGAUGACAGCGUAGACAGCUUGGAGGCUGGUUCGAGAGGAGAAGAAGAGAGGAAGCUAGAAGCUGGUGGGGAAGCGUCGAGCGUGAUGCUCAGGUCCUUGUCCUGUGGGGCUUCGUAUUCAGUGCGCGCGGUGGCGCAUUCAAGAGCGGGGCCUUCGCCACCGUCGGCGCCUUUGUUGGUCAAGACGAAACCACCAGUGUUAGUAUGGGAAGGAGGGGGAGACCGGCGCGAUCAAGAGGAAGGCGCCGAAGCGGCGAUAUGGAGCAACAGCAGUGCCCUCGCAUUAGAUGCUAGAAGGGCUGUACGGUGUAAUGCGCGCCUAGUCAGACUGCAGUGGCGACGGGCUGACGCCGGCGCGUCAUUGUGGACUGAUGCCGAUCUUACGUCACUACAUCAUCAUAGGGAGGUGGUAAUCGGUGGUCUCACGGCGGGCGCGUGGUACGCCCUCCGGCUGUGGACGUCGACGGAGUCAUCGAGACACCAAGCCAUAAUCUACGCUGCUACCACUACACACGCUGGAGAGCGUCUUCGACGACCAGUGGCCUUCCAAUCAGAAGGCAGCUCAAUCGGGACCGUUGGAAGCAAUGCGGAGGCCGAGCGGGUACUUGGUGCAGUAUCGCUGGCAUUUGCAGCAUUAGCUGCUGUUGCUGUCACGGCUUUGAUACUUGUCCUACUGGCUAAGCGAAGUACGCUGUGGCCAUGCGGCGGAGCAGUUGACGAAGAAACGCGCCGCUGCAGCCACUCCGUCGCCAGCACCGAUAAGUCAGUGUGCCCUGAACAGCAGAACAUGCGCAACUGCCAGCACGACUACAAGCACGACAAGCUGUCGCCGGCCUCGGAUGUAUACGAAAUAAGCCCAUACGCAACUUUCGCCGUCGGAGGUGAAACAGCAGCGACUCUGGACCACACAUUACAGUUCCGAACGUUCGGCCAUCGCGACAACGAUGCUCCUCCCCACAGGCCGUGCAGGAAGCAUCCACAGAGGCAUCGGGACCGGGCUGAGAGUAAGACCUAUGUCGAGAAGCAUCACUCGGACUGCGAACUGCAGCAGCUCAGUCGCUACGAGAAGGUGCGGCCGAGACACUGUGCUGGCACCUCCUAUUGCGUGCCCCUCGCACACCAUGGUGGUGCAGGCAGCGGAGGCGGAGGCGGUAGCGGGGGCGGAUUUUCAGAAGUGUAUGCCGGCGACUCCAGCGCUGAAUCCGGACCUGGUUCCCUGUCUCCGCGCACCCAUCACGAGCACAGCUAGCGUGGAGGCAAUCCACAAACAUGCAUAUCGCAAAAUAAACAAGUUGAAUUAAAAUAAACUUUAGAAACACCCAACACAUCUAAGAUAAACACAUCUAGAUAGAUUAUACAUUACCAGGCUCUUUAAACGUUUUUUAAGUGUUUUUGGCUAUGCCACACACUGGUAGAAUCCCGUAUUAAUGCAUAUAGCCAGAUCUUGAAUUGUAGUAAGAGUUGCAGAUCAACACGUAUUUAAAUUAAGGUUGAUGUUUUAGGCUGGAUAACCAACCUUUACAAGAAAUUAACCGCUUGAACAAUCAAAAUUCAAUUCUAAAUUUAAAACUUUAAGGGUAGUUUUUUAUUGCCAUAUUAAAACCUCUGGGAGUCUUAGGAGUUAAUGAAUGAACUUGGUCUAAAGUGUAGUUAUUAUUAAUUCGACCACCAUUAGGAAAAAGUAAUAUACUCUACCUUAAAUUUAAUUUACCUUAAACUAGACAAUACUAGAAAAAAAUCGAAAACCUGCCAUGUGUUUCACAUAUACGAAUUGGUCACCAAAUGUAUAGCUACGUCAAACAGUAAUCAAGGCUUGGGCGAUCCAAUCGACACCGAGCUACACACAACCAUCUUUAGGGGUCAUUUCAGAGGUUUAACGAGCAAAAGAGGCCUUUUAACCUUAAUAAAUUGAUAUAAAUUCUACCUCACUCGCAACGCAUUUCGCUUACACUAUCACAUGUACGAAUGAUGUCAAAAUUAGAUCAAUUUGUAAAUAUUGAAAGGCCUCAAGGUAUCUCGAAGGUUCAGAUGAACUUGAACCCUUCGAUUAUAUUAUAGUAUACGAUAUUGUGGCGAUAUCGAACGUUUAGUUGUUAUUAUACAAUCAAAGAUAGUUUCUAUUAGUGGUUCUAUAGGUACAGUCAGCAUCAAAAGUAGCGGAUCAAAUAACACUUCAAAAGUAUCUACCAUUCUGUUCCAGCUUAACAAAAAUUGAUGUCUUUAAUAUAGAACAACUAAGACUGUAAAAGAUAUAUUUUUGAACGCGAAUUUUAGAAAAUUAUCUACGUUUGGAAAAGUUAUACGGAAUAUCAGAUACUUUUGGCGCGUUGUUUCAUCCGCUACUUUUAAUGCUGAGUGUACUUAUGAAUAUUUUGGAACAUCAUUAUAAUUAAAAUACCAACUUUUCUACACAUUUUUUUCUUUUACAUUUUUUUAUUACUAGGUGAGUAAUCCAGGGUUUUAGUCUGUCAUUACAAUAUCGAUAUUGACGAAACCAUUAAAACUUGUUGAAGGACAUUAUGCUUGUUGAACUUGUGUUAGGUACGUUUACACGAUACGAUACGUUUUUCUUGGUAACGAAAUAAUUGCGACGACAUUCUAGGGGCCUAUUCAGAAGGUGUAUGAUGAUAAUUUAAUUCAGUACCUACGAGUAUCCCUCGCAUUCGCCCUUUUACUGAAUACCAAAAACCUUAAUACUUACCGCAAAACUAAGUGCACGUCAGGUCGUAAAUCACUGGAAUCAUGCGAUCUCUUUCGCACUUGCGCUGUCUUAUGGACCGGGACUCAUCGCAUCAAAGCUAUUACGCAUCAAAAGAGUACCUGACUUAGGCCUGAGUGGACGCUGGAGUUGAGCGUGCAGCGGAACGGAGCGUGCAGCGGAACGGAGCGUGCGGCGUGCAUGUUCAACAAAUGCAAACGUAUAAGAGCGGCCUUAGUGCACGCUGCUCAAAUCACUUGUAAGCCCGACGCCACGCUGCACGCCCCGCUGAACGCUCCGCUUCGAGCGUCCACUCAAGCCUUACAUUUAUUGCCCGAUUUGCCACUUUUUGCUGCGGCAAGUAUGACGGUCUUGAUUGCUUGCUUAUGAAUUGUAUCAUGUGAGUUUUAUAGAAGAACGUCUUGCCACUAAAUGUGCCAAAUAUACAUUUAAAGUUCAGCCGAUUGUACCAAUCACUGCCCUUGUUCUAUGACUUGUUGCCAACAGAAAUCGAUGAAUCAAAUUCAAAUAGGUAUAUUAACUUAAAUAGUUAAUUAAAUUAAGUAGAUAGGCGGUCUGUUCUAUAAAUAUAAGUAAAACUUAGCUAAAGGUUCAUUUACUGCCAUUUUACAAUGAAAUAGUUCAUAUUCAAUUUAUAUUCUACUGCCUAAGUAUUCAGUAUAGACAGGUAUCUAAUUGUAGCCAAUUUGCAAACUAAGCUAACUUAUUUUGAAAUAGACAAGUAGAACAAUGGUCGUACGAGGUCAUGAUUACGAUACGUUUAUCAUUUGGCCGUCAAGUCCCGGUCUCCAAAAUGUAUCCAAGGCGCCAAGCGCAAACCUCAAAAUUUCACAAAAAGUUCUUUUUACUAUUGACGAAUAAUAAUAAAAUCACAGAAACAUAUUUGCAGGAUUAAUAAUACGAAAAAAUUGUAUUUAUUUCUCGACGUGUGUAACAUGAGAGGUAUGACGCGGCUUUCCAUGCGCAUCCUUGAUGGAGUUGUCGGUUAAACGAUAAAGCUCUGAGGCAAAAGACGUCUUAUACCGUCAACCAUACAAUAGUUAUUUGUUUUACAAGGGGGCAAAGUUGUUUAACCGCUCGUGCCAAUAUUGAUCCCCGAGCAAACGAAAUAUACCAGAAUUGUUUGAGAAGUGGAAUCUACAGCGUUGCGAGGGUUUUACGGCACGAGGGUUAAACAAACUUUGCCUCCGAGUGAAACACUACAUUUUUCAUUAGACCAACGCAAGGAAAAUACUAACUAUGAAAUACCAAAAAAAUCUAACCAAAUCAAAUCCAAAUGAACGUAAUAUUAUUUAAAAGUCAAUUCAACCAGCUAACAUAAGGAAACAAAUUUUUAACAAUCAAUAGGGCCUUUAUCAGUUGGUGUGGUGGUAUUACUCCAUACUCUAUCAGUCUGAAAGGCUUGAUUUGAAAUAGAUUUCAUAUAUAUGGAGUAAAUAAUAAUAUAUGUCCUUAAUAAAAAUAUUUUUGGAGUUUUGUGCGUACCGCCGGCACACAGUUUUCUGCUCGAGACUUGAGGUACCCCUGUAUCAUUUAUCCACAAGCUAUUCCCUUAACCAUUUUCGAUUUUUCUACCACAUACGCGCCAAUAAAAUUUCAACUUUAGCAUUUCGAUUUAAGGUUCAUAUUAUAUUGCAAAUCUGGAUUAAUUAUAAUAUUAUUUGAUUUUUUUUCGGAAAGUCUUGUAGAUUGGUGCAGCCUGAAAAAGGUAACUAACCCUUUUUCAGGCUGCAGCAAUCUACAAAGUUUUCCGAACCUUCGGGUUCGUUUCAAUUUUAUUAUGAGUAUAAGUACAUUGCUACCAAUAAUAUGGCUAUCUUAGCUAGUUGACUCUGUGUUAAAGUUAUGAAAUAAUGUAAAUAAAUCUAGUCAGACUGAUGUAUUUAUACAAUAAUUUUAACGGGAGCUUAAAUUUGUACAUACAAUAUUAUGUAGAUAUUUUCAAGCCCUAGUCAAUUUUUAUUGAAUGUUUUUAUGACAAUAUUACUGUACUAUGUACAUAACGAAGAACAAGUAUCUAUUUGAGAAACUAAUUAAUGUGAAAUAAAAUAUUUAUCGCAAAAAAAGUUUCAUUUUUCCUCUCGCUAACAACAUUCCUGGUUCUAAUCUGCGACCUGAUACUAGAUUCCAUUGACCUAUUUUCAACCGUACUUCAAAUCCAAUAUAAAAUAAUAUAAAGUUACAGAAACUGUAAAGUCUCAGUGCUAUUACUAACGAAUGUUACUUUGAUAGCAUCCGUAAUACUAUGUACUCGUAAGUACAUAAACUACACAAUCACCCAUAACGAUCAUAAAUAAUAUUUGAAAGGUAGGUACCUAUUUAACUACACAUAUAAUAAGGCCGAACGAAGUAAAUACAAUCUAAUUCUUCCGGAAUAUCUCCUUGACAUCUAUCAGAAAGGUCCCUAUUACAUACAUUAGCGCAAUCAAAAUUAAAAAAUACCCAACUCUUUAAAAACAAUAGGAAAACCCAAUCUUUUUAUGAACCCUAUAAAAUCAUUCUCACUGGAGAAAUAUUUUUACGCAGUAUCAGAGUUUAUGAACGAUGAUAUCUGAAAUGUAGCUACUAUAAUUGAAAUAACAAAUUGUAGAUUUCAUAUCUAAAAUUUAUUUGAAAUUGUAAAAUACAGUAUUGUAACAUAAUGUGAUUUGCUAUGCCCUUAUCAAGGUCCAUGAGAUACUGUAACUUUAUUUUAUAACAAAUGUAUGAACACCAUGCAUGAUUGCAAUAAAAAAGGAUAUUAUAUUAA